CCUGUGAACUAGAUUCUAAACCACGAUGACAGCCUCAGCGUGAACCCCAGGGGGCAUGUUUACUCCUUUUUGUUAGUUGGUUUGUUUUUCUUGGAUCCUUUUUAGUUUCUACCGCUGUCCGGUACUUUCUGCUGGGAAUUCCCCUUCUGGGAUUUAUAAAGUACUCUCCGAUCAUAUUGCCGUCCACAGCUCUAUGAUGGCCAGGGUACUAACCCCCUUUCACCUGAACAUGGCGACGGUCUUGGUGGCGGUGGUUCUGGGUGUCGAGAUAGAGAGGCGAGACGACGAAUGCGCUCACCUUAACAACACCACGUUCCGGCAGAGACACCAGCUCCAGGUCCAGUACCUCCUCCUGACCCGGGCCAACGCAGACUGUCCCAGACUCUUCAGCCAAGGGGACCCCGUCAACCACACCCAGCAGGCCACGCCCUUCAACUGCUCCCGGACCACCAAGCUCAUCGUCCAUGGAUACAGGGCGAUGGGCAGUAGGCCGUCCUGGGUGGAGGAGCUAGCCAGGGCCUUGUUGCGAGCGGAGGACUCCAACGUCCUGGUGGUGGACUGGGUGUUUGGCGCCUCCUUCGCCUACAACCUAGUGCUGGAGAACUACAAGGAGGUGGCAGUGCAGGUCUCUACUCUCAUCAACAAGCUGCAGGACCAGGGCUGUAAACUGGAGUCCUUCCACCUGAUCGGGGUGAGUCUUGGGGCGCACGUCGCAGGGUUCAUUGGAACCAUCUUUCAGGGCAAAAUCGGACGAAUUACAGGACUGGAUCCCGCUGGUCCGAUGUUCAAGAAAGCAAACUUGUUUGACCGUCUGGACCCCAGUGAUGCUCUGUUUGUGGAGGCCAUCCACACAGACUCAGACUACUUUGGGAUCUCCAUCCCAGUCGGCCAUGUUGACUUCUUCCUAAACGGGGGGAUGGACCAGGUCGGAUGCACACGCUCUAAUUUCGAUUCAGUUUUGGUGUACUUCCCAGUAUAUGGCUAUGUGAUCUGCGACCACAUGAGGGCGCUGUAUGUCUACAUCAGUGUUCUGAACGGCUCCUGUCCGCUGACGGGUAUCCCGUGCUCCGAUUAUGAAGAAUUCCUGCAGGGCCGCUGUCUGUCCUGCAACGGGCCCUGUCCAACGAUAGGGUUAUUAAAGAACAGCGGCAUGACAGCGGCUCCUCUUCCUACAGAACAGAAAUUCUUCCUGCUCACGACCUCCGAACCUCCAUACUGUGCCAACCAAGUUCUCCUGGAGGUCAGAGUGAGGAGGAUGGAGAAGAGGGGUAGGCUGGAGGCCACACUGAGGACAGACAGCCUGGCUACCAACCACAAGUUCAUCCUUGAUACAGAGAGUGUAGUGUAUAGAAGGGUCCUGGUCCUUCCUUCACCUCUGUGCGAGGUGGACUCCAUCCAGCUGAAGAGCACCGGGCUCCGGUUCUACCGCCAGGGAGACAUCCAUGUAGAGAGCGUCUGCAUCACCCCCAUACCUGCUGCCAGGCCAGAGGAGGCUAUGUGUGUGAACAACAUCGACGUGCGACGAGGAACGCCGUGGUCACAUGACUACGUGCAGGUGUGUGAUGACUACUGACGGAGCAGUUACUCACCUGAGUUGCAGAAACCAGCCACAAAUCAUCUGCACUAUAACUACCACACACACCUUAAUAACAACACACACACACACCUGAACACACAUAUUCACUAUAACCACACAUUCCUGCACUAAAACUUGCAAAAACACCAGCAUUACAAUCACAAACACCAGCAUUACAACCGGCGCACCCAGUCCACUGAACUAGAGCCAAACACACAUCUGAGCUACAACACAUACAGCUGAACUAUUCCCACACAUCUGAAAUAUAACACACAGUAUAAAUAUUAGCUCACUUUAAUGCUCAUUGAUACCACUUUCGAUGUCGAUGCUGCUGCGUAGUUAAAUAUAGAAAUACCUUAAAAGACCUAUGGGUCAUGAUUUUCUAUGUAUUUGUGUAGUUACAAAUUGUAAUGUCAGUCCUGCUCUGUGUUCAAGUUGUAAAUGUCAUCACAUCUUGAGUGUAUGUUUAAAACAUUAAAAAAGCAGCUCUGAAAAAUGUAAACAAA